AUGACGGGCUUUGAUUGGGCAUUUAUUGAUGCCGAGCAUGCUCCAUUCACACCCGUCCUCCUGGCCAAUAUCAUCAACACGAUCAGCACGGCCAGCAACUCCAAGACCAUUCCGGUCGUGCGUGUCCCAGCCAUGGAGCCAAGCUUCAUCUCCGUGGCAUUGAACGCUGGAGCUGCUGGAAUCGUGCGCCCUCAUACCGAAACUAGAGAAGACGCACUCCAGUUGAUUGAAGCUUGCCGCUAUCCACCCUUGGGCAAGAGAUCCUACGGCCCUUGGGCAUGGAUGCCCGGCGUCAACGACGCUGUUCCUCAAGGAAAGACGCUUUUCGACGCACACAACGAGUCUAUUGCGUGCAUUGCUCAGAUUGAAAGUCGCCUCGGGUUGCAGAACAUGGAGGAUAUCAUAAGCCUCGAAGGAAUAGAUGCAAUCAUGAUCGGCAUGGGUGACCUCAGGUUGGACAUGGGUCUGCCUCUCCACAUUGGAAAUGAACCCGAAUAUGUUGAAGCUAUCCAAAAGCUUGAAGCCACAAUGGAAGAGCGCGUUCGCAAAGGAUACAAGUUGUUGAUGGUCGGUGCCGACAGUCUUUCCUUGGUCUAUGGACUGGCCGUGGCUGGUCGCACCUCCCGCGCCACGAUCGUUCAAGUCCAGGCUGACAUGGCCAAAGAAGGCGAAGGCAACGAUUCUGAUGUCAAAGACCAGGCGUGA